AUGUCGCAUAAUGAGAUUAACGAAUUGCGACAGCGUCUCAAGGACGCUGAAAAUCGGAUUAUAGAAGAACAACAACAACGUCAGGAAGAACAACGACGACGAGAGGAAGAACAACGGCGACGAGAGGAAGCAGAGCGGCGACAAGAGGAAGCGGAACGGAACUUGAACCUCGAAAUACUGCAAACUCGAAAUACAACACUCCCCGAAUUUCUCGACGCGUGCCACGAAUAUCUCUUCCUCGGUCUGACGAUUCAGAAGGGCAAGAAGUCGUCAACAAAGGGUGAUCCUGCCAAUGCGGACCGCAAGUUGCGACCAAGCAGAAUCCAGGAAUGGACAAGAUUCCCAGACGAGCAGAUGGCAAUAUGGGCGGACCUCAUGGAUGCAGAUUUUGUUACCGAACGUCACUUUGCACCGCUACUGGCGUUAAAAGAAUACGGAAAGGAAGUCCGCGACAGAAUGCUCAGCUCAGAAUUAGAUUUAGGUUACUUCCAGCGCCACAGCGUGGAGUCGCGUAUUGCCUCAGUCAUCAAGCAACUCCACGCCAACGAGCAACUAAAAGGAAGAUUCCACCUCAACGGAGAUGUCACAUUUGAAAACCAUGCAAACACAUUGACGGAUGAGUCCAGAAUAGUCACGGACAUGAACUCUUUGAGUCUGAAUCAAGAAGGACCUCGUCGCUCAGAGCGCCUAGCAAGACGGUCGAGGGACACCUCCAGAUCAACAUCACGGAUGAGAAGAGAAACAACCGCACAGCCACGCCUCGCUCGUCCUCGCGCGGACCAGUUCUGCGUUUACAACCGCGGACUCGAUGAGAAGAUUCCGUCCUUUCUCAUCGAAUACAAAGCCCCGCAUAAGCUGUCUCUCGCCCACAUCAAAGCCGGACUACAAGACAUGGAACUUGACCGCAUCGUGCGAUACCAGAAAGACGAAUCGCCAGAGGAUAUCUGCCGUCGUGUUGUCGCCGCAGUGGUUACACAGCUCUCCAACUAUAUGUACGACAGCGGUAACGAGUACGGCUGCAUAGCCACAGGCGAAGCAUUCAUAUUCCUUCGAGUGCCUCAUGAUAUUCCUUCGACCGUCCUUUACUAUCUAUCAGUACCGAAAGAAGAUGUUGGCAACACCACUGGUUGGCCCAGAGGUGACAAUUGGCUACAUCUAACCGCAGUCGGCCAGCUGUUAGCUUUCACCCUGCGAGCUCUGCGAACUUCUCCACGGGAUAUCACUUGGAGAAACUGGGCCAGAAGCCAAUUGCAAACAUGGGAAAUGGUAUAUGAUGACCUACUGGAGGAAAUCGAGGAGAAGGACAUUCCUGCUUCUGACUACAAACCACCGCUCAGCCGAACGAAUUAUUGCCGCCAGUCCCCAGUGAAGACCAGAUCGAAAUCUGUGAUGGCCAUUUCCUGUGAGCCAUCGCAAGAAUCACGGUUAUCAGAUCAUGAAGAUGAGGCUGAUGAUAGCUCCGAUCCACCCACUCCCAGUCGAGCGCCCCGUGACUCUGGGUUUCCUCAGCGUCAAGCUACAGCCGCCACAACCCGAACCACUACCAGGUCACAACAACCGGCCUCGAAAGGCAAGUCUCGAAAGUACUGUACGCAACAAUGCCUUCGUAGCCUGUGCUGGAAGGGACCACUGGAUACGAAGUGUCCCAAUGCGAGCGAGCACGGAGUCGAUCGACAUCUACUUAACACCAAAACGCUUAUCAAAUUAUUAGAUCGACAGCUCUCCGAUGACCCCGACCCCAACUCAGAGCUUGGAUGCGAAUCACUUCAUGUACACGGCACACGUGGGGCUCUUUUUAAAAUCACUCUCUGGUCGCAUGGGUACACCUUUGUUGGAAAAGGUGUUCCAAUUGACUUCGUCGAGUGUGCCAGGCGGGAGGAGAUGAUGUACUCCCAUCUCCGUGCGAUUCAAGGACAGUUCGUCCCAAUCGUCUUCGGCGGUCUCAAUCUUCGUCGACAGUUUUCAUACGAUGGUAUCGCCAUGAUGGUUCACUUAACUCUGAUGAGCUAUGCUGGGAGAAACCUGGCCAGACAACACGAAAUCGAUGAGGCGCAGCUCAUUGCACAGGCUGAGACGUCUUUACGUGCCAUUCACAAUCUUGGUGUUCUCCACAGCGAUCCAAUCCCGGGGAACAUGAUAUGGAAUGAGGAGAACCAACGGGUCAUGUUCAUUGAUUUCGAGCGAGCGCAGUAUCAAAAACGGAUUCCCUUGGGCUCCAUUGCUGCCAAUCAAAAACGGAAGCGGGUGAUCAGGGUCUGGGAUAAAAGCCCAAACAAGCGCUCCGAUUCCUUUCAACGGGAGCUAUCACGCAUGAGGUCAGCACUACGAUCUUGA